GUGUGGCAGGUACGACGAUACUCUAUGCCCAUGCCCAAUUUCCAUUACGAAAAGAUCCUGUUUUUUUUACAAUGCUGCGGAUAAAAACGGAAAUGUUGCUUCUCAUCUUUAACUUCGCGAAUGAAAAAUCUAAUAACGAUUCCGGUUUUGGCUACCGGUGACAAAACAUUGGAAGAACAUUGCAUGUAAUGUUACUUGGAAAUGGGAAUAUUAAAGUAAAGAAAACAAAGUGUUGCAAAUAGAACCUUAAAUUAUCUUACUGUUUUUCUGCGGAGAGGUUUUGAGCUAGGUAGGAGAUCAAAUAAGUAAAAAUUUCAAAAAGGGCAUAGUGAUAAAAACCGUUAAAAACCUCUGAUUUAGACUUUCUUCGCAAAAUCAAGUGAAAGUGUCCAAAGUAUGUUGAUUACCUUAGUCACAUUUGUUCUUAACUUCUAAGCAGAAUCGAAGAAGCAGCGGAAUUUCUUCGUUUAGAAUUGAUAAUCUAAAAUUCCAAUAAGAAUUUUAGGUAUCAACGCUAAGCUAUCAAAGUGUCUUUUCGCCAAGCUGAUCGUAAACGUCAUUGUGGUAAAAUGUUUUGAAUGCUUUGGCACUCAAAUAGUUCGUUUUUUAAAUAAAUAAAAGCAAAUAUUAAGUUUACACAAUGAAAGAGGUAAUUUACAUUACUGAUAAAAUUUUACAAAAAGAAAUGUUGAAAUUGGGCGCCAUUGGAAAUCGUUCCGCAGUCGUUGAUGAGCUGGUCAGAUCCUAUGAUUUACUGCAAUUUUGCAAAGUUAUAAGUCCCAAGAGGGGUACUUUAGAGGAUUUGCUGUCCUUUCAUAGCUCAGAUUAUGUCGAGUGUCUCAAGCGUUAUAAUAAUGAAGACGACAUCGAAGAGGUAACGGAUGAGCUACAGGAAUUUGGAUUAGCUUACGACUGUCCAAUGAUAGAAAAAGUGUAUGAUUUUGUUUCAUCCGUAGUCGGUAGUACAUUGUCAGCAGUCGACGCCAUCCUGGAAGGUGCUUCUAUAGCUAUCAACUGGCAUGGCGGUUGGCAUCACGCUCAAAGGGACAAGGCCGCUGGGUUUUGCUAUGUAAACGACAUUGUGAUUGGAAUCCACAAGCUACGAACUAAGUUUCAAAAAGUUCUUUACUUGGACCUGGACGUUCAUCAUGGAGACGGAGUGGAAGACGCCUUCAGCUUCAGCAAAUACGUCAUGACUGUAUCGUUCCACCAGCAUGAACCAGGAUAUUUCCCAGGAACUGGAUCAGCAUCGAAUAUAGGAUUUGGAGCGGGGAAAGGUUACACCGUUAAUGCACCUUACUCGAGGGACAUCACUGGCCAGAUGUUUGUGCCAUAUUUCCAAAGUGUCGCCACGGCAGUUUACGAUGCAUUUGAACCGGACGUCUGCAUCGUUCAAUGCGGUGGGGACGUUAUGGUGGGAGACCCUUUAGGUGGAACGAAUUUGAUUCCAGAGGAUUGUAUGAAGUGUGUCGAGUUGGUGUUGAGCUGGAAUAUUCCAAUUGUAUUCCUGGGAGGAGGUGGAUACAACGUCAUCAAUACAGCAAAAUAUUGGACCCAGCUAACUGCCCUUAUCCUUGGACAGUCAUUUUCCAACGACAUUCCGGAAAAUCCUUUCUUCCCGGAUUUUCGCCCUGAUUUCACAUUGGAUAUUUACCGAAACAACAUAAGAGAUAGAAACACAACAAAUGGUUUAUUAAAAAAUGCGCUGUUUAUUAAAGAAAACUUGGAACUUUAUGUGGCGAGCACGAAAUGACACGUAAAUUAUAUUAAUUACAUUAAAGCAUCAUUCA